UAAAAAAUUCUAUCUUUUCAUUCGAAAAAUGCUCUUGGUUCAAUUCCAGGUCUCGGUAUUGGCUUACAACAGCAUGUACCUGGUUGACGGGGUGAAUCUCAUCCGCGACAAGCGAUUGAACACGGAAUAUGUGUGCCAGCUGAUGCUUAUCGAGAAUAUCUGUAUACGCUACCUCAUGUUUAUGUUACAGCGGCAAAACAUCGCUCGCUUGAUGGAUAAGUGUCAGCGAUUGUGGACCAGAUUGAAGUCGAACGAAGUUUGGUCUUACGUGAGGCCGUUCGAGCGAAGAGUUUACUUUUACAGAAAUUUUUCCCUUGUUAUAUCUUACUUGGUAAUUGUUCUGUUCGUAGCCGGAUCGCAACUCACUCAUUUAGCCCCCGACAGAAUCAAUGGUACAGCACGUCGGAAGUUGCCUUACUCAUAUUACUACGAUGUUCAAGAAGAUCCAGAUUUUUCCAUAAUUUCUGGCAUACAGGGUCUUAUCCUUUGUUACACGGCGAUUAUUUUAGCCGGAAUAGAUACUAUUGCUCCAUUUCUCAUUAUGCUUGCUUGUGGUUAUUCAGUUACUUUGAAGAAUCGACUGUUAAACAUGGCUCACAAAGAUGAUAAAUCGACGAAAGUCAACAAUCAGCUGAUCUACGGAGAUGUCAUCGAGUGCGCCAAAUUUCAUCGGGAAAUCAUGAGCUAUUGUCAAGACAUCGAAAAUCACAUGCGAUCUUUUCAUAUGGUCAUCAUGAUAUGCAAUGUUUAUAAUAUGUCUCUGAUCGGUAUACAAAUUCUACAGAAUAUUGAAUAUUUUUUUCAAUAUUCAUCAUUACUAGCAAUGCACUUUAUGCAACUUUAUCUGAGUCAGUGGGCUCCCGAUCACUUGCUGCACGAGACAAAGGCGAUAGGAAAUGCUGCGUAUUUUGCGACUUUAGGCCAUUCGACUUACAAUCAUCAAGCAAACAAAAUAUUACAAAUUAUGAUGCUACGAGCACAUUGCAAACCAGUGCAAUUGACAGCGGGUGGCUACAUAAAGCUCUCUAUGGAAACGUUCGGAAAGGUUAACAUUUUUCUCUUUUCCAUCAAAACUGUUGAAAAAUUUAACGCUUAUACUCAAUUCUUUUCAGAUGACAACCAAUGCGGUUUCUAUGUUUACAGUUGCUCGAAGUUUUAUUUCGUAAAAAUAUAUAUAUUAAACAUAAUAUUUAUAUUUUUAGUUAUAAAACAAUUAGAAUUUCACAUGCAUGAGAUUAUUUGAUUAAUUGCCCUUCAUUAAAUUUUCAUCAUAAAUUGUUAGAUGUUGUUUAAGAAAAUAUUUAGGUGUUCAUUUAAGUGAACAUUUCUAAUUUAAAAUUCGAAACGUAUAAUAUUAACUGUACAAGUCAUAUUUCGCUCACUGCUCCCAACCUGCUAAAAUUGUUCAUUGAGAUGAUACACAAAUUAUUUUAGUAUUCAUGGGAUAAAUAUUAAACUGCAAUUUUUACAUCGAUCGACAACAAAAAGAACUAAAGUGCAUUGAAUGUCUAUAAGCUUUCAUAACUGAUUUCGAUGCAAACUAAGUUUGCAUACAAUUUUCUUUGAGCCCUUUUGCAGAAUAUAAAAAUUUUGUAUCAAGGUAGUACGAUAAUCAUAAUUAAUGAGCAAUCGUAAGUCAUUUUAAUCUUACGAAAAAAGUGAACAGAGAUGAGUGAAUUUUUCAUCUCAAAAUUCAAUAAGAGAUUUAAAUUUCUAUAUUAUUCAUUCUAAUGAACAUGACUUCGUAAAACCUGCACAUUAUAAAUCAA